AUGGCGGCAAACAUGUCAUAUCCCUAUGCUCAAAGUCUGACUUAUGCUGAGUUUUCAACCAAGUUUGUUUGGAAGGACAAUUCUUCAAAGUGGUUUCCUCGAAAGAAAGGCUUCGCAAUUGGAAGGUUUACUCAUGUACCUGCAGAGUUAACAAUAUCAAAUGAUGAGAUUAAGCAGUUGUGCUUAAUAGAUAUAGACAAGAUCUUACAUUCCUAUGGUAAAACCUUGAAAGACUAUCCUCCUAUGCCUUUAGCAACUGAAGUUGAUAGUUCUUUGUUAAUUGAAAGAGUUAUUAGGGAAGAGAUAAACUUUAAUAAGGAUGAUUCAAAGAAAAAUGUCUCAGACAUGUUAGCCAUUGCAACACCUAAGCAGAGAUAUGCAUUCGAUAAAAUUAUUAUAGCUGUGUAUUGUGAUAAAUGGGGCUUUUUCUUUGUGUAUGGUCAUGGGGGUAUUGGAAAAACAUUUCUCUGGAACCUUAUGUCUGCUGAGAUUCGCUCGAGGGGUGAUAUAGUAUUAAACGUUGCUUCGAGUGGUAUUGCAUCUUUACUUCUUCCCAAUGGAAGAAUGGCACACUCAGGGUUCAAAAUACCGCUGAAUAUAACUGAGGAUUCUGUAUGUAACAUCAAACCUGGUUCUCCUCAAGCAAUGUUGCUGUUGAAAGCCAAACUUAUAAUUUGGGAUGAGGCUCCAAUGGUUAGUAAGUACUGCUAUGAAGCGCUUGAUAAAUGCUUGGGUGAUAUCAUGAGGUGUUCUCCAAUAUAUAGCAAAGAUUUGCCCUUUGGAAGAAAAGUGGUUGUUCUAGGUGGAGACUUUAGACAAAUUCUUUCUGUCAUUCCACGAGGAUCGAGACAAGAUAUCAUUCAUUCAACCGUGAAUUCGUCUUACCUUUGGAAGUUUUGUCAGGUGCUCAAACUAACAAAAAAUAUGAGACUUUCUGUAGGGACGACUGCUUCAGAUCAAGAUGAGACAGAGCAAUUUGGUGAGUGGUUAUUGAAAGUUGGUGAUGGUCUAAUAGGUGACAAUAUGGAUGGUGAAUCUGAGAUAUGUCUUCCAGGAGAUAUUGUUAUUCCUUCUUCGGACUAG